AUGGCUCAUAUGGAUAGGAUAAGUCAUUUGCCUGAGGAGCUUCUUUUGAGAAUAUCGUCGCUACUGCCUUCAAAAAAUGUCGUAGUCACAAUGGUUUUGUCAAAACGAUGGAAGUUUCUUUGGAUGUUGGUGCCAAGACUUGAAUAUGAACAUGUUAUUUAUCGAGGUACUGAAGACAAGAGUUUCUCUCGGUUUGUUUACAGUUUUUUGUUGUUACACGAGGCUCCAGUUCUAGAAAGUUUGCGUUUGCGUUUCAAUCAUAGUUGGAAGUCAAGUGCUAUAGAUAUUGGAGUAUGGGUUAGAACUGCUGUUAAACGCUUUGUCCGUGAGUUGGAUAUCGAGAUUCAUAGUAAUGCCAUGAAAUAUCCGGUCAUACUCCCAUGGAGCUUGUAUAGCGGGGGAUGUAGAAUGCUUGUGACAUUGAAACUAAACGACACGACUCUUGUGCAUGAUUCUUCCUUGCCAGCUUCUACUUUCCCAUCUCUAAAAAAAUUGAGCCUUGUAAACAUGAAGUACCCGAGUGAAGAAUUUGUUAACAAGUUGCUAUCCAACUGUCCUGUUCUUGAGGACUUGGUUGUGGAACAAUGUCCUGGUGACAAUCUGGCGUCCGUUCUAACUGUCAAAAUACCUUCUCUGAAGAGAUUAUGCUUUCGGUGUAAGCAGCUUAUUACUGACCUCAACCACGAGAUAGAUGAAGAAGACAAGGAUUGUGGAAUUGUGAUAGAUGCUCCUUUGUUAGAGAGCUUUAGCAUUUUUGAUGAUACUGGUGGACUUAGCAUUUAUGUUAAUUCUGACUGUUGCAUCAUGAAUAAUAUGCCUAAGAUUGUGUAUGCCAAUCUCAACAUUAGUUAUCGUAUUCGGAACAUUAUGGGUUCUAUUACUUCGGUCAAGCGUCUCUAUUUACGUUUAUCAACCGCAGAGAAUGCUUAUCCUGUCGGUAGUGUCUACCACCGUCUUGUACAUCUAACGCUGUGCAUAUGUACGACAGACUGGUUGAAACCACUUAUGUGUCUGCUCAGAGAUUCUCCUAAAUUACAAGUUCUCAAAAUUGAACAGUGCGGGGGCUUUCAAAGUCCACACUUCUGCUGGAAUGAACCAAACUCAUCAGUUCCUGAAUGUGUGUCAUCUAGUCUUGAGACUCAGGAAUGGGUUCAAUAUGAAGGAUCAGAAGAAGAGAAACAAGUAGUAGCAUUUAUUUUAAGAAAUGCAAGCUGUUUAAAGAAAGCAACUAUCUCAUCUAGAUCUAGGGAUCCUGUUGAGAAACUUGAGAUGCUAAGGGAGUUGUCAUUUUUGUCAAGGUGUUCAAGUACAUGUCAUCUUACAUUCGACUGA